AUGGUUGAGAACGUUAUUCAUGAGCUUACUGCAGAAGAAGCUGAAUUAUAUGAUCGUCAGAUUCGCUUGUGGGGCUUGGAAAAUCAGAAAAAAUUGAGAAAUUCGAAGAUAUUGAUUGCUGGAUUAAAUGGUUUAGGAGCAGAAAUAGCUAAGAAUAUCAUCUUGGCAGGUUUAAAGUCCGUAACAUUCUUAGAUUCUGCAAAAGUUUCCAAACUGGAUUUUGCAUCACAAUUCUUCAUUCCAACAACAGAAGAAGGAAAGAACCGUGCUGAAGCAUGCUUAUUAAGAGCACAAGCAUUAAAUCCAAUGGUCGAAUUAACAGCAGAUACAGGAGAUUUAAAGGAUAAAGAUGAAGAAUUCUUCAAAAAGUUUAAUGUUGUAGUUAUUACUGAAGCCAGCAUAGCUGAACAGACUCGUAUUGAUAAUAUCUGUCGUGAACAUAACAUCAAGUUCUUUGCAGCUGAUAUGUGGGGAAUGUUUGGAUUCAGUUUUGCUGACUUACAAGAGCACGAAUUUGCAGAGGAUAUAAUCAAGCAUAAAGUAAUCUCAAAGCCUCAUGAGAAAGUUAAGACAGAACCAGUCACUCAUACAACUAAACGCUCACUGAAAUUUCCAUCAUUGGAAUCGACAUUAAGCUUUGACUUCAAGUCUCAAUAUUUUACAAAGCGAAUGAAGAAAACAGGACCUGCUUAUAUAGUCAUGAAGAUCUUACAAAAGUUCCGUGAAGACGAAAAUCGUGAUCCAUUGCCUGCUCAUCGAGAUGAAGAUAUUAAGAAAUUAUUGGCUAUAAGAGAUUCCAUGUCAGACGCAAAUCUGAUUCCUGACAUUUACUUUGAGCAUGUAUUUGGACAAAUUUCACCAAGUUCUGCAAUUCUUGGCGGUUCCGUUGCACAGGAAGUAAUUAAGACAGUCUCACAAAAGGAUGCACCUCAUUACAAUUAUUUCUUCUUUGAUCCACAAACUGCCUGCGGAUUCAUUGAAAGAAUUGAUACUGCUUAUUAA